CAGAUAUAGUGAAUACCGGGUCUGGGGAGACUGGAUAUAGUGAAUGCAGGGUCCGGGGAGACCGGAUAUAGUGAAUGCAGGGUCCGGAGAGAGCGAAUAUAGUGAAUGUGGGGCCCGGGGAGACCAGAUAUAGUGAAUGCAGGGUCUGGAGAGAGCGAAUAUAGUAAAAGUGGGGCCCGGGGAGACCAGAUAUAGUGAAUGCAGGGGUCCGGGGAGACCGGAUAUAGUGAAUGCAGGGUCCGGGGAGAGCGAAUAUAGUGAAUGCAGGGUCCGGGGAGACCGGAUAUAGUGAAUGCAGGGUCCGGGGAGAGCGAAUAUAGUGAAUAAGGGGUCUGGGGAGACCGGAUAUAGUGAAUGCAGGGUCUGGGGAGA